GAAUUAUGAUCCAUCCAAUUAUCAAUGUUGGCUACAAAUAAGAAGAAACCUGAUGAAAAUUUAAUUAAAUUGCGUGAAAUUGCUGCUAUACCCCAAAACAAACAAUGCUUUGAUUGCAAUCAAAAAGGUCCAACCUAUGUUAAUAUGACUAUUGGGGCAUUCAUAUGUACAAAAUGUAGUGGAAUGCUGAGAGGAUUAAAUCCACCGCAUCGCGUUAAAUCAAUAUCGAUGGCUACCUUUACUCCCAAAGAAAUCGAAUUUUUAGAAAAUCGUGGAAAUUCGUAUUGUCAACGAAUUUGGUUGGGACUAUUCGAUCCAAAAUCUCAGAACUGCAUCCUUGACUCUUGCAAGGACGAACACAAAAUGAAAGAUUUCAUGAUGGAUAAAUACGAAAAGAAAAUGUGGUACGUGUCGCUGGAGGAAGUCCAACAGCAAGUUGAAAGGGAAAAGGAACUCUCCCUUAAACACGGCACUCAUUCUUCCUCCUCCCGCAAAAGCGAAAAAAGCGGGUCCUUUUCUUCCGCCGGCAAGGAUUCCACUUCCUCCCUCUCUCUGUCUUCCUCUUUUGUUGUUCUUUCCAUGCCACCACCCGUUGCCCAACAAACUUCAAAAUGUACCGGCGAUUUCAACUUUUAUCUCUUAGACGAUCAAAUACCAACUAACGAUAAUUCGAACGAAAACGGGGUCAACCUUGGUCAUUCCCUCCUCAAAUGCCGAAAUAACGAGACUACCGAAUUAGGUACGGAUGGUAUUGUCGCGGGGGGUAACCAUAGAGAUGCGAUUGCAACUAAAUGUAACGGCGUUUACUCGGGCAGCAAUUCCCAUGGCGGAUCCCCCUUUAGUUCGAAUUGUUCGUCUUUAUCAUUUUCACCUAAACUUAACAACGGUCUUUUCGCUAUAAAACCUCCUGCUCAACACGUAACAAAGAGGAAAAUAUCUCAAACUCUACACAAUUCUUACAAUAUAAAUUCCGCCCAUACAAUCGACGGCCCUGCCCCUGAUACAAAUAACAAGUUUCAGUUUGAAAAUAAGUUAGCAAGAGAUAAAAUGAGCUCAUUCGAGGACAGUUUUACCACGCUAGGAACUAGUAUAAACGGUGGCGAAAAUGAAUUUACUGAUGCAUUUUUCGAUUCGUCGACCAACAUUAAUAAUAAAAGGAAAGAUAAUCUCGCAUAUUCCAACCCAUUGCCUCCACUCACUAAAUCAACGACCUCCACGUUUUCUUCCUUCAUAGACACCCGACCCUUGGUUCCUUCCCAUUCAUUGCAGGAACAUUCUACAACGGAUCAUAAAAAUUAUCCAUUGUCUCUUUCCAACGACAAAAGCAGUUCGAAUAAGCCUAUCAACAAUAUUCCGCCUAUAGAUAAAUACAGCGCCUUAGCGGAACUAGAUCACGCUUUUAAUAGCUGCACGCUCAAUACAGAUGGGAAUAAAAAGAUCAAUAAUUUGAAUACCAAUUUCCAAAAUUUUCCUAAUCAUUCGCAGUUUAAUCAUCAUGCCACCAAUCUUAAUCACCACCCUAGUUACGCCCUUUCUAAUGGAUUUGAAGAGAACGGCCCUAUGCAAACAUAUAAUAAUAUAGCUGGAGAAAAUGUCAAAAAUCCAUUUUUAUCUCGACCAAUCAAUGGCUACGCUAAUCAUUAUCAUCCCUCUAACCCGGUCUUUGCUUCUAGCUAUAAUUUCAAUCACAAUGAGGCUCCUAUUCUUUUGAAUCAAGAUAUUCUGAGCUCGAGAUAUAAUCAGACCUUGCAAUUCAAUAAUAGCUCCCCUAAUAAUGGUAAUUAUAUCUACCAAGGACACAUGAAUAGAGGAUCUACAGAAAAACAAAAUAGUUUUUAUUACAAACCUGGGGUUGGGAACUUUUCAGUUAACAAUAAUGUAAAUUCGCAAUCUCAUUGUGCAACUACGAACCCAUUUUUAUAAUGCCGAGGCUUUUCAACAGUAUCUAUUUUUUUUUAUUUUUGAAGCGGUUUAGAUGAUAACAACUAAAACACGACGAAAAAUAUGUGUAUUAUGAGGGUUUUAACAUCAAUUGCGCCAUUUUUAUGGCCACCUAUAAAUUAUAAAGUUAUAUAGUUUCAUAAAUAAUUCUUACUUUUAUCUUUUAUUUGUAACAACAAAAAAAUUAUUCGAGAUGAUGGGCAUUACGUGUUUUAUAAUUUUUUAAGGUUUAUGCAUCUCUUUAAUUAUUUAAGAGUUAUGUAAAAUGUCUUUAGUUUUUUUUCUAUAUAUAACUUCACCUCAUUCAUAUUAUAAAUUAUAUUUGAAUGUAUAAAAAAAUAAUAAUUAUGUAUUUUUUUACUGGCAAAUUUUGACAAAUUCCAAAAUAGCUGAUGAAAAAAUAAUCUAAAUUUUUGUGUAUGAUCCAUUUUUCUUUUCCAAGUUAGGACUUUUAUUUCAAACCAAUGACAUUUUAAUAAUUACCUUAACUGAUGAUUCGUUAAAAUGCAUUUUUUAAAAUGUCAUUGAAUACAGCAGCUGAUGGCAUUUGUGUUUCCCGUAUAAAAAAAUUAAUGAAACCCUGAUUUCUUUAAUAUUUAAACCAAAAUGGCAUGUUGCCUGCUGAUUUCUAUGAUGAACAUUUUAAUUUAUGAAUUGAUGGUCAUUUGUCAUUGUUUCAAACUGCGAUAAAUUAACCCUAUAUAAAAAAUAUCUUCAUUAUUCAUUAUUAUUUUUUUAUUAACGAUUAUGGAAUCUCAUUUUAGAAAAAAAAAACUAUUGUAUAUUGUUUUUGUACAAGAAAUGCUGUAUUUGUUGCUUGAUUAUUAUAGGGUUCUAACUCUAUUUCUGGUCAAAAAUGAGCUAGGGUUAAAAUAGUAUCCAAAACUUAAACAAAUUUUAAAUUAUGUUUUUUUUUUAAAUGUUAUAAAAUCUAAUUCUAAAUAACUAGGUAGCAUGUUAUUUAUUAUUAUUUUUAAAUUGAUCAAAGCGGAAUCUUGAUUCCUCUGAUAAUCAAGCAACUUAAUAUAUAAUAAAUAUCGUACAGUUUAAUUUAUCCUAAUUUGGAAAAAUAAAUUAUUUGGUUACAAAUAACAAAUCCAAUAAAUCAAGAUUAUAAUGUUUCUUUUUUAAAAUGUGAAUAAUCUAUUAUUACAUUUCCCCCCCCCCUUCCCUUCCCUAAUUUAAUUUUAUGUAAUAUCUUCUUUCUUUUUCUCAUAUUGCAUUAUAAAUUUAUAAUAAUUAAUAUAUUAUAUAUACCAUAGUAGGAUAUGGAUGCAUAUUAAAUUAUUACGUAUAUACAUAUUAUAUAUAUCCGAUUUGCUAUUUAUUUUUAUUUUUUUAAAACUAUAUAUAGUUUUUAU